CGCAGUGUUAAAUAUGCUGUGUUAAAAUUGAUUGACUCUUUCAGAGCUAAUACAACAACAGACUGAGUAUAAUGCCACCUAGUGUUGGUGUAAAUUUCCAGAGUGUAUUCACGUCGUGUCAAUUUGACUCUGACAAGCUCCGCCCACCUCCUCCUCUCAAACCAACAAGUCUAACCGUUGUGUGGACGCCAUUUUUCUCCUGCUUGAGCGACUGCGGAACCAUGUUGAUUAAAACAAGACUUGGUGAGCUGCAAAAAUUUGUCCGACUAACGGAGCCGAAUCUGAAGGAGUUUUUGACAGCAGCAUUUGUAAAAUUUGGCCUACCAACUGUAACAGAGGGCGUGAAGGUUGUUGACAGUUCAGGGACUGAGUUGGAUGAAGAUGUUGUUAAGGAUCCUUCUGCUGGAGUCCUAACCAUCGAAUAUGAAACUGCAUCAUCCGAAGAAGGAUCUUGUCAACAAGUGCUUGGAGGACCAGCUGCUAGACGAGACACCAAGUUUGUUCCAGAGACUGUCCUGAGUGAAGAAGAGUGCAAGGAAGCCAUCGCACUGAUUAAGCAUUCAGCUGAUGAGGACACAAUCAAGAAGAAGAUGAAGCUCACAUUUGACUUCCGGCGCAACAUGGUCCUUGACCCCCAACGGUCAAGCAACAUACUCUCUGUCUUUCCACGUUUCAAAGAUGUCAAAGGCUUGGUGGAGCAGGAUUUUGUCCUGAUGUUUGGAGAAGAUGUGUCUGGCAAGUUUCUGGAAAAAUGGACGACCACGUUCAAGAGAAGAUCAUCCAACAAUGCAGGAAGCUUCCAACCACCAGUGACCUUGAAGAACUUCUCCUGGCAGCUGAUACUCCUGAGGAUAGCACUGAAGUGGAUAAUGACAUGAGUUGGGACAGUGACCUCUCAUCGAUUUUGCUGCUGCUACACCUGAUUCCCC